GAGUCAUUCCAUUCUCUAGCUGGUUUGCAUUGUUCUAUCUCCGGAGCUUCGUCGAAAGGUGCCCAUUUAACUUUGACUUUUACCAUCUUGACCAUCAUGGCAACUACCUCACCGCGGAAGAGUUGGAAAGAGUGUAUUCGUCACUUUACUCCUGCAUGGCAUACAGUAAUCAUGGGUACUGGUGCUGUUUCAGCUCUCGUACACUCAUUCCCCUAUGGUUCUGGAAGUCUGCCCAUUAAAAUCGUUACCCUACUCGUCUUUUUCUUGAACCUUUUCCUCUUCGUGGUUAUAUGCGCUGCUACAAUUGCUCGCUAUAUUUUGUUUCCUGAGCUCUGGCCAAUUAUGCUUCGGCAUCCUGCGCAGAGCCUGUUUAUAGGUGCUUUUCCCAUGGGUGCUGCUACCCUCAUCAACGUUGCUUUAGUUGCAAACCAAGAAUGGGGUUUUGCCGGGACCGGGUUUUUAUACACAUUGUGGGGAUUGUGGUGGCUUGAUUCAGUAAUAUCAUUUGCUGUUGCCUUUGGAAUGGUUUAUACAAUGAUGAUUAAACAUGAUCAUGCUAUACCCAAAAUGUCUGCGAUCUGGUUACUUCCAGUUGUAACCCUCAUAGUCGCGUCGUCAACUGGUGGUCUCCUAUCUGCAGCCAUAAAGCCACAUACAACGACUAUAGCCCUCCUCACCACGAGUAUUUCUUUUACUAUGGUUAUCAUUGGUCUCAGUCUGGCGAUGAUGAUGAUCACGGUUUACCUAACACGCCUUAUCACCAAUGGACCCCCGGAAGUCAACCUUAUCUUGUCAGCUUUCGUCGUUCUCGGUCCUCUCGGACAAGGCGGUUAUUCUCUUCUCGUGAACGGCCAAGACUUGUCAGAACUUUUACCAUUACAUCUGAAUGGUAACUUCCCUUCGUCAGCACUCGCGGGACAGAUGAUAUAUGCUGUUUGCUUCUGUGGGGCCUACGCUUUGUGGUCGAUGGGUAUAUGUUGGAUCUUGAUUGCGAUACUUUCUAUCCUUAACAUAGUAAGGAAGGAGAAAAUGAUCCCAUUCUCCAUUGCAUAUUGGGGUCUCGUGUUCCCAAACGCCGUAUAUGCUCUCCUUUCGGUGCAACUAGGAAAAGUACUCAACAGCGAUUUCUUCCUCGUUUUUGGUACCAUUUGGUCGAUCAUCGUCUUCAUCUUGUGGAUUGUGAUUUUUUUCAAAACAAUACCGGCAGUUAUGGAUCGUUCUAUCUUCAAAGCUCCGUGUCUAGCCGAUGCUACGCUUCUUCCAUUUUCGGAGAAGGAUAUGCAUAGUGGAACGGCACAAACGUCGACUGGUACUUCCCUCUCUCCUCCGUAAAAGUCACAUAACGCCAGCAACACGGUAAGAAAUGCUAUGUCAAUGGUCUAUAGUCAAGUGACCGAAACCUUGAUUCACACCCACCUGAGAAGUUUGUUAGCUACCAUAGGUUUCUAGAUAUUCCCCCAAUAAUCAAACUAUUCCUUACAGUAUAUUCGUACAAUAAAUACUUCCGCACUCUGUCAUAUUUUACUUUGAUACCAUACAUGGUUGCACCCCUGAUCAAUUCGGCUUAGAAGUAGAGCAUAACGUUAUGCAACUUUACACGUGCUUGCGUGGCUCGUAGAAUGCGGUUACCGUGUCUUACUGCGUGCACACAGCCCAAGAAACCCAUUCUUGUUACUGUUCGA